AUGGGACUUAUGUUGGGAGAAUUUAUAGAUGAAUAUAAUAUAGUGGUAGUAGAUGUAUUUUCAAUGCCACAAUCAGGAACAGGUGUAACUGUUGAAGCAGUUGAUCCAGUAUUUCAGACUAAGAUGUUGGAUAUUCUUAGAGCAACUGGAAGAACUGAAAAUGUAGUUGGUUGGUACCACUCACAUCCAGGAUUCGGAUGUUGGUUAUCGUCAACAGAUGUAUCAACACAAAGCGCAUUUGAACAGAUGUGUAAAAGGGCAGUUGCAGUAGUAGUUGAUCCUAUACAGAGUGUUAAAGGAAAGGUUGUUAUUGAUGGAUUUAGAAACAUCUCUCAAAUAUCUUUUGAUGAUGUAAGAAUAGUAACAAGUAAUAUUGGAUAUUUAAAGAAGCCUUCGUUUAUUUCUUUAGUGAGAGGAUUAAAUCAGAAAUAUUACUCGUUUGAUAUUAAAUUUACAAAAGAUCAACUUGAUCAAAAUAUGUUGUUUAAUUUGAAUAAAAAAUCAUGGUCAGAUAAUCUUAAACCUGUUAAGAUAAAAGGAAGUGAUUUAAAUAGCAUAUUCAAGGAUUAUUGUAAAUCUGAAGCUGAAUAUCAAAAUUCUGAAAAAUUAGCAACUGAAACUGAUCAAAUGGGUAAAACGAAUUAUAAAAAACAUUUGAUAGAAAAAACCAAUGAAGUUAUUGAAGAGUGCACUGUCAAUGAAUUACUUCAUGCAAUUCAUAAUUACAUUUUUCAAUAA